AUGGAAGCCGCCUACCCCGGCUGGAACGAGACCUUCCAAGCCGGAAUCCCUACCGAUCCCAUGCCCACUGGUGAUGACACGAGCUUCGUCUCCGCCGGCACCGCUGAUGAACAGCCCGAGUCCAUCAACUGCAAGGUGGACUACGACGGCGCGAGAACGAGCAAGAUCUGGGACGGGAUUUGUUACUUGAGGCGUUUGAACACUGACCCACCCAAGAACGGGCCGGGGCCGGGGAAUUGUGGACGAGUUAACUGUUCGUGGAAGUCGGCUAUCUAUUGGUGCAACGAUAACUUGGAAGAGAAGGAGCUCACGUGGAAACAAAUUGGCGAUGGCGCGAAUUCUGUGCUGUAUGGUGGAUGCAUCACUGGUAGAUCGACCUAUCAAAGGGUCAAGGGCCAGGCGUUCUUCAAGGACAAUUGGAAUGUCCUUGUUCGUGGGGAUGAUUGCUGAGGCGAGAGGGGCGGCCGUCGACGGAGCAAAGUAGGGAGGGAGGCGAGAGUUGGUUCACGUCGUUAGUCUAUGACUAAUGAUACCUAAACUAAUUGCAAGG